AUGCACAGCGCCGAAACUUCCUUCCUUAUCGGCUUUGAAGGCACCGAGGUCACCACUGAGGCUAACUUUGAAUUUCAGCUGCCAACAAAAACAUGGAUUGUCACUGAAAAGCUCGAAGAGGUCUCCCUCUUCAUAAACCGGCACCUGGAUACCGAUGAUAGUCUUAAGCCUAGAUUUGCUGCGGGAAAGUUCCUGUGCUACUUAAAGGAUGAUGCUACUAAAGAGCCUGCUUUCAUGCGAAUCUAUUACCAAAUUCCUACCUCCGGUACUGAGCGGUCACCCUCUAAAGACCGAGCUGCUCAGGGAGUCCUACCUAUUGAGCUUACGGAGUUGACGGCCUUUAAAUCUCUUAUGAAGCAGGCAUGCCCUGUCGUUCCCCGUCUCCUAGGCUACCGAGAAGGAAAGCAGCCAGAUGAUGGAAUCACUCCCGGAGGGUUUGCUACUACGAUCGUCUGGGAGAAGGUUCCAGGGGUUCCAUUAUCGCAGAGGUUUUUUUGGAAUCUCGAUCAAAAUCAACACGAUGAUAUUCCGUUCCGAAUUUCGCCGGGAUUACGAACAACUUGUACGGUGCGGCCUCCAGCCAUUUCCAGCUACGUCUUCGAAGCUCGUCUACGACGAGUCUACCGGAAAGAUAUAUGUGGAAUAAGAGCUUCUUCAAUCAUGGUUAAGGAUCCCAAAGAUCUCACACUGAGCGGGCACUAA